AUGGCUCAGCGAAGCGUACCAUAUUCGUUUCCCACACACACUCCUACAUAUCCCCCUUUCCAAUCCUCCAAUAGGAACACUGUGCCGUUGCCUGCCUUCGCGAAUGGACCGUCAUCUCCGAAAACGCCCCACACCGAGUACCCAUUGCGAAACAAUGAAUGGAUUCCGUCUACUCCGGCUACACCCUACGGCAUUAUUUACAGUGCUUCGCCCAGAUUUUUCUCUUCUCCGAGUCUUAGUGGAGCAGUAGUUCAUUCUCCCGGAUCCAACUCGAGCAAUCCGAUAGCAGAUGCCAGGUACAACGUACAUCAUAUUGGACCAUACCCAGGCAGUCCUCCGGUGAUGCCUUACCAACAGUCCCCUCACCCUCACGCGUCUCAAGGAGGGUGGGGCGCAGCUUUUCCUGCCACACAGCACAUCCCUGGGACGUAUGCCCGGCGAAGCAGUAGUACAGGCUCUUCCAAUCAACUCAUUCCCCACAUGCCAUCGUCACCACCGCAUAGCAAUACCAGCAGAGACCGUUCGAAUUCCGCUUCCUCUGCGGGAUCCAGUAGUGACACUGUGAUCGCAUAUGAGGUUUACGACAGACACGACAACCCAAUGAGACACCGCCAUAUUAUGAUUAUAGCCCAGGACCGAGGUGCUCCCUCGCCUUUUCCUACCCCAGAGGACCCGGAUGCAAUCUGCUUUCAACAUAAGAUCCAAGGAAGAGUAGCAGGCGCACACUAUGAGACUAAGUAUGUAGAAGGUUUCUUUGUGAGCGAUCACCGGUGGUGGAAAAGACAUUUACUCGAAACGUUGCGGGACUGGAAUGCAAAUGUCAACUGGCCAAAGCAUAGCCUCAAGAAAAUUGCCACCAAGUCCGGUAGAAGUUGGGGUAUCACUGUUCACAUCCAGCCUGAGCCGGGCCUCGACCUUGGUGUUGGACAGCAAAGUUUCGAUGUUCCUAUCGUCCAGUACAACAUUCGGCGCGGUGAGCUUGCCGAAAAACUGAGCGAAAAACUGAGCGCAUGGCGUAAAACUAUCUUGGUGAGCGGCAAGCUUGAGCCUGCUGUCUAUGCUCAGACCGCUCACGGAGUUUUCAUUUGGUUUUGA